AUGCAUAUGAAAGAUACCAUAACAUUAGCGGGUUCGGUGAUCGCCAACGUGAGCUACUUCGGCACAGCAUGGUGGUUGCUCUCCGACAUCCCCCACAUUUGUGAGACCAACUUGCUGCCGAAGGACUCCCCAUGGACGUGCCCUAGCGACACUGUGUUCUUCAGCUCCUCUGUUAUAUGGGGCGUGGUUGGGCCUCGUCGGAUGUUCGGCCCCGACUCCAUCUACUCCGGCCUUAACUACUUCUUCCUCCUUGGCCUCUUCGCCCCCGCCGUCGUCUACCUCUUCCACCGCCUCUUCCUGGAGAAGAAAUGGAUUCGGCUCAUCAACUUCCCCGUCAUCUUCGCGGCCGCCGGUUACAUUCCCCUAGUCAAGACCAUUAACUUCAACUGUUGGUUCAUUGUCGGCUUUGCCUUCAACUAUUGGGUGUUCAAGCACCACAAGCAGUGGUUGGGCCGCUACGCCUAUGUGUUGUCUGCCGCCCUCGACGCCGGCACAAGCUUCAUGGCCGUCAUCACCUUCUUCACCCUCGGGAACUAUAAUAUCAACUCCGUCAAUUGGUGGGGAGGCGUCACUGAUGACUACUGCCAGCUUGCUAAAUGCCCUACCGAGCCCGGUGCCUACAUCCCCAUGGGCUGUCCUGAACUCGAAUGA